ACUGUUGGGGCAAAUAAUCUCUAAACGAGUGGGUAGGACCAUUUUCGCCUCUUGACAUCCUUCCUUGACGCGUGCUUGGAAGAACUCAAGAUUAUGAACGUGUGACGUUGCACACUGAAUUUGACAUUGAGUCAGAAUGCAUCUAUGUAAAAUACGUGCGAUUAUGUGGGUGUAGCGGGGGUGUUUCCUGCGGCUCCUGUCGGUGGCGUGGACCUUUCUGGACCCCCAAUCCUCACGACAGCUACAGCCAUGUUGGAAAAUCUCGGCGCUCCAGAUGCAGCAGAGCGGCACGGUACCGCACGGUUGCUAAACUGACUUCUACCGCGCGUCUUCGCGCCAGUGACAUCGACAGCCGGUCACGGCGCUGUUGUGGACUCACUCAGGCACAGGGAGGCAGUCUGCCAACAACGGGCAGACUUCAGCCUCCAAAAGUCGGAUUUAAUACCACCGGGACUAAUGCGUGAAAGGCCUGCUUACUGACUGGAAACGGUGGUCGGUGAUUGGAAGUAGGUGCGGCCUGGCUCUGGGAGCAUUCAGCGGAUAUUUCUGGAAUAUCCCACUAUGCUGAAUAUGAUGGCCAGUUAGCCCCAGUAAGAGCAUCUGAGUCAGGCAUGGCAACAUCUUCCUAUUUGGAGCCCAACCUCAAUCACUCCGCAGCAAGUGGGUGUGGAGUGAAAUCCCGCUCCGGGAUUUCCGGUGUUACUGGUGUUGGUACUAGCGGCUCUGCUGGCGGUCUUGAGCGGACUCCAGGUUCUAUGGACAGGGUUCUGAAGAUUUUCCACUACUUUGAGACAAAUAGUGAACCCAGCACCUGGGCGAGUAACAUCAGACAUGGAGAUGCUACGGAUGUCAGGGGUGUCAUCCAGAAGAUAGCCGAAAUCCACAAAUUGCGCUGUGUCACUUCACUUGGCCUGCGUUUAACCCAUCUGCACACAGACGCACGUCACUGGUUACAUCCUGACUUGGGAGUCUGCCAUGUCAGAGAGAAAUAUGAGAAACGGCACCCGCAGGAAGAGUGGAGGUAUGAGCUACGGAUGCGCUACUUUCCUAAAGGUUACCUCAGUCAUUUCUCAGAAGACAAACCUUCGCUCAACUACCUCUAUCACCAGGUAAAGAGUGACUACAUGCAACAUAUCGCUGAUCAAGUCGAUCAAGAGGUUGCUUUGAAACUAGGCUGUCUAGAAAUAAGGCGGUUCUUCAGAGAGAUGCCAGGAAAUGCCCUUGACAAGAAAUCCAACUAUGAACUCCUAGAGAAAGAUGUUGGUUUGAGAAGGUUCUUCCCCAAAAGCCUGCUGGAGUCUCUAAAGGCGAAGACACUUCGUAAGCAUAUACAGCAGACAUUCAAGCAGUUCGCCAACCUCAACGAUGACCAGAGCAUCCACAAGUUUUUUGAAAUCAUCUCUCCCAUCUACCACUUUGAUAAGGAGUGCUUCAAAUGUGCAUUAGGGUCUAGCUGGGUAAUAUCAGUCGAAUUAGCAAUCGGACCAGAGGAAGGAAUCAGCUACCUCACAGACAAAGGCUCAACGCCUACCCACUUGGCUAACUUCAACCAGGUUCAAUCCAUCCAGUAUUCACCUUUGGAGGAAAAGGACAGGAAAGGCAUGCUGCAGCUCAAUGUAGCUGGAGCUCCAGAGCCUCUCACAGUCACCACAGCAUCCUUGACUACAGCAGAAAACAUGGCCGAUUUGAUUGAUGGGUACUGUCGACUCUUUUCCUCAACGAGCCACUCCUUCAUUGUCAGAGUCCACAAGGAGGGGGAUACCAGAGCGUUACCAUCCAUCCCGAAAGUGUCAAAUCAUGAGAGGCGGAUGGAAAAACGGAUGGAUGGAGUGCGAACCAGAGCAGUUUGUGUGUCAGGGCACAAUAGCGGCGAUGAAACAGAUGACUAUGCUGAGAUCAUAGAUGAGGAGGACACCUAUACAAUGCCUUCAAAAUACUAUGGACUAGAUCAAGCACAGGACUAUGAAAUUCAACGGGAUCAUAUUGAACUGGGCCGCUGCAUCGGUGAGGGUCAGUUUGGGGACGUCCACCAAGGAGUCUAUAUCAGCCCGGAGAAUCCGGCAUUGUCUGUGGCGGUGAAGACAUGUAAGAAUUCAACAUCAGACAGCGUCAGGGAGAAAUUUCUCCAAGAAGCACUAACCAUGCGUCAGUUUGACCAUCCUCACAUUGUGAAGCUGAUGGGCGUCAUCACAGAGAAUCCAGUCUGGAUCAUUAUGGAGCUUUGCACACUCGGAGAGUUGCGUUCUUUCCUACAAGUGAGGAAGUACAGUCUAGACCUGGCCACUCUCAUCUUGUAUUCCCAUCAGCUCAGCAUGGCAUUGGCCUACCUCGAGAGCAAACGCUUUGUGCACAGGGAUAUAGCAGCACGGAACGUCCUGGUAUCAACUGUUGACUGUGUGAAGCUGGGUGAUUUUGGUCUGUCAAGGUACAUGGAAGACAGUUCUUACUAUAAAGCAUCUAAGGGUAAACUGCCCAUUAAAUGGAUGGCUCCCGAGUCCAUCAAUUUUAGACGAUUUACCACAGCCAGUGAUGUCUGGAUGUUUGGUGUCUGUAUGUGGGAAAUUCUGAUGUAUGGCAUUAAGCCUUUCCAAGGUGUGAAAAACAACGACGUCAUUGGGAGGAUAGAGAAUGGCGAACGACUAGCCAUGCCCCCUCAGUGCCCACCUACCCUAUACAGCUUGAUGACAAAGUGUUGGUCGUAUGAUCCAAGCAAGAGGCCACGCUUCAAUGAAUUGAAAACACAGCUCAGUACUAUUCUAGAAGAGGAGAAGGCCCAGCAGAAGGAGAGGAACAGGAUGGAAAUGAGGAGGCAGGUCACUGUAUCUUGGGACUCGGGAGGGUCUGAUGAGGCACCCCCAAAGCCUAGCAGACCAGGUUACCCCAGUCCCCGCUCAAGUGAAGGCUAUUACCCCAGUGCCCAGCACCCCGGACACUACCAGAUGGCAAGUUACCCUGGCCCUCACACCCUUCCGUCAGUGCCCAGUGCCCUUUACCCCCCGCAGGCCACAAUGCUGGAAACGCAUCACGCCCACACGCACCCGCGCCACCAUGUCCAUACACACUCACAUGUACAGCACCUCCCUCAGGCACAUGGACAGGACAUGGCCCAUUGGGGUUCAGCUAUGGAGGACAGCGCGGUAGACAUGCAGCAGUGUGUAGGCCAGCAGUGCUUGUUAAUGGAGGAACAGCUGAUGAUACAGCAGCAGCAGAUGGAGGAGGAUCAGAGGUGGCUGGAGCAGGAGGAAAGGCUGCUGAAACCAGAAACCAGAAGUUCUCGAGGGAGUCUGGACCGAGAUGAUGGAGUACUGCAGCCACCAACGGGAAACCAACACAUAUACCAGCCCGUUGGCAAAGCAGAGCUCGUGGCCCCCCCGAAAAAACCACCACGACCUGGGGCCCAGAGCCAAGGGUGCAGUCUGGCGGGUCUGAACACUGCAGAUGGCUACAAUGAUGGCGUGAAGCACUCAUCAAUGUUCGUCCUUGAAUCGGCUCAGCUACAGCCCCAAGAGAUCAGCCCCCCUCCCACCGCCAAUCUGGACCGCUCCAACGACAAGGUAUACGAAAACGUGACCGGAUUGGUGAAAGCUGUGAUCGAGAUGUCGAGCAAGAUUCAGCCAGCUCCUCCCGAGGAGUACGUUCCCAUGGUCAAGGAUGUGGGCCUUGCAUUGAGGACGUUGUUGGCCACAGUCGACGAGACCCUACCACAACUUCCAGCCAGCACACACAGAGAGAUCGAGAUGGCGCAAAAGCUUUUGAACUCUGACUUGGCAGAACUGAUUGGAAAAAUGAAGUUAGCUCAGCAGUACGUGAUGACGAGUCUUCAGCAAGACUACAAGAAGCAGAUGCUGACCGCCGCUCACGCCCUCGCUGUGGAUGCCAAAAAUUUGCUGGACGUCAUCGACCAAUCUCGGCUCAAGAUGAUGGCGCAGUCCCGCCCACAUUAGCACCGCACGUAUUGUUCACCGACUGGUGGAUGCGUCUACUUCCUUACAGUGAGAGUUGUUGGAACUUUCCAUCCAAAAACUGACUACUCGGGUCGUGUGAAGGCCCCGAUAUCGUCGUCACCUUGAUGUAACCACGGCGCUGAUCCUUUAUUUAUCUCUGCACCACUGUGAGAUAUUUUUUAAAGAACCGAGCAAAACAAUUCCUGAAUCAGGGAUUUGUCGUCUUUGUGGACUAAAGUGAGAGAAAGAGAAGAAUAGAGCAUCAUGGAUGUUGGGUUGGCUGCAAAUCGAUUCCAUUUGUUGGAGUAAGCCAAGCCAUCGGAACCUGACUGUCUUAAGCGUCGUCAUAUCACAAGGAAGCGACUCGAGCAUGUCAGCCGUUUUUUUUCUGGUCGGGGAAACCUUGCCGAUUUUGUUCCUCCACUAUCCCUUCUUUUCCCUUCUCACUCUCUUUUAUUUAAAGAAUCACAAAUGAGACGAAUGAAAGACACAAUACAAAACACUAAAGGAAUUGUUUUUUCCUUUCUUACUUUUUGUCUUACUGACUCCAUUCCUGUUGUCUUCCUCAUCCAGCUCCGGUCUGAGCAGGUUUAAAAGAUUUUGAUGAAGCCGCCUCAGAUCUCACAGAGUUUGCUCUUUAUCGUCUGUCGUUUUGACUCACAGUCUUCAUCUAAACGGAAAACUCAUACGUAUUCCAUCCCAGCAGCACAGAGGGGUGGGCGGAGAAGAUGAAGGAGGGUGGUGAGGGCCUCCUCCUCUUUGUCAACCUCUACCUGCCCCCCAUGCCAUCAUAUCUGCUUGGGAUCACAGUGUGAUUUGCCAGAAAUGGAAAUGAAGUUGAGCUCUGGCAACAUGUACGAGAUCCCCGGGCUGACGUUUUGAGCCACAAAACUGGAAUGUCAUCUUGCAAACUCACGAGGAUGAACUGAGAAUACCAAACUCCAUGUGUGUGGCAUGACUUGGUGGUAUGGAGGAUAGCAUAUUUGCACAGCACCAAAAUAAAUCAAGGGUAGUUCGACCCAGGUUUGAUGAUCACGUCUAGCCAGCCAAUCAAUACCUGGGUUGAUAGAGGGUUACAAAUGUACAAUAAACAAUUUAUUUUAUCUCUUUGUUGUUGUGUAAAUCUGCUCAUGUUGGUAUAUUGUAAACGGUACUGGUGUGCAUCACUGGUCAAUUGUACAGAAGUCGUACGAGUAAACACUUGUUUUUUUAUUUUGUCUGCCUUCUUGUUAAAUAGUGGGGAAAACAAUGAAAUAAAAAUCAUGCAGAAGUGGAAA